AUGGCUCAAUCGAUUACGAAUAAUACGAAUGAUGAUAGUCGUAUCCCUUCCGUGAUGAAAGCUGCUCAACGAAGUGGUUUUGGAGACAUACGUGAUGUUCUUACGCUUGGCGAAAAUGUAUCUGUACCUCGUACUGAUGUUGCUGGUAUUGUUGUUGCUAUCGGUUCAGGAGUAAAACGUCUUCGAGUUGAUGAUAAAGUUUAUGGAGAUCUUGUAAUUCAUGGUGGUAGUUAUGCUAAAUAUAUUCGUGGAGAUGAAUCAUUAUUUACAAUGAAACCAAAUAAUUUAACAAUGGAAGAAGCAGCCGUUGUACCUUUAGCAUGUGACACUAGUUAUCAAGCAUUAUUUAAAAAAGCUUCACCUCCUAUUGGAACAGGAAGUAAAAUAUUAAUCUGUGGUGGUAGUACAGCAACUGGUUUAUAUGCAAUUCAAUUAGCUAAAGCAGUUGGUGCUUAUGUAACUGUCACAUGUUCACAAAGAAAUUUUAGAUAUACAGUAAUACAAACAAAUGUUGAGACAAAUAAUGAUCAAAAUCAAUUACAUGUUAUUGAUUAUAAUGAAAAAGAUUUUGGAGAAGAACUUAAAGAUCAAAAUUAUGAUCUUGUAUACGGUUGUGUUGGUGGUCAAUUUAUUACUAUUGUUGGUGAUGAUACCUCAUCGGUGAUUUCAUUGAAAACAUUGAUUAUAGUUGGUCUCAGAAUAGUAAAUCGAAAAUUUUGGUCUGUUUUCGGCUCAGCUCAUCAUGGUUAUAUACGUGACUUAUUAAAUGAAAAUUUUCAAGACCUUGAUGAUAGUCGAACAAAAUAUAUUGAAACAGGCAAAGUUAAACCGUUAAUUGAUGCAGUAUUUGAUUGGCGAAAGGAUGGUGUAGAAGCUUUAUAUUCACUUUAUGAAAAAUUCAAAAGUGGAAAAGCACAAGGAAAAUUAAUUCUUAAAAUAGCUGAUGAAGAGUAA